AUGAAUAUUCUCAUGAAGCUCGCGAUAAACAACGGCAUAAGCAAUUAUGUCUUCGUUGUUUAUCGCAAUGGAGUUGCGUCCUUGUUUAGGGGUCCAAUUGGAUUUUUUGUUGAUAGCAACAUAAGGCCAGCAAUGACAAGUCGUAUAUUCGGAAAGAUAAUUGUGUUGAGUCUGCUAGGGAUCAUUCUCGACCAGAAUCUAUACUACGCAGGGAUGAAACUCACCACGCCAACCUUUGCCACGGUUUUGUCCAAUACAAUCCCUACCAUCACCUUCGUAUUGGCUAUUAUUUUCAGGAUGGAACAUUUAAUUAUAAGAAAUAGACUCAGUCAAGCAAAGGUGGUGGGAACAUUGGUCACUCUUACCGGUGCAAUGAUUAUGACACUGGUUAAAGGUCAUGUGCUGUAUGGAAGUGGUGGCGCCAAUAGCCACCAUCAUCAGGGUGGCGGUAUUUCAUUACUUGGAACGGUGUACCUUCUAUUGGGAUGUUUAUCCACCGCUAGUUCUACAAUCUUCUCUAAAUGUGCAUUUAAUAAUCCUGAGAUCCCCUGUAGUGAUAAUUACUCAGAACUCUCUAUCACUGCAUUGGUGUGCUUAUUUGGGACUAUUGAAGGUAUAAUCGUUGCUUUCAUCAUGGAAGAGAGAUUCCAUGGUACACUAUGGAACUAUUUUAAAUGGGAUAUGUUGUUAUUGACAGCUCUUUAUUCGGGCAUAUUUUGCUCUGGUUUGGGUUACUUUUUGAGAUUAAAAGUGAUCAAAGCUAGAGAUGCAAAUUUUUCCUCAACUUUCGGUCCCAUAAACAUGGUCAUGGUUAUGGUGGCAAGUACCUUCCUAUUUGGCAAUUUGCUCUCACUUGGAAGUGUGAUAGGCUCAAUGAUCAUCUCAAUGGGCCUUUUAUGUGUUUUAUGGGGAAAUGCCCACAGUAGACCAGCUGCUCAAUAG